UCAAACACUAUUUUUUUUUUAAAGUACUUAUGAAAAAUUAUAAGUAUUAAAAACACCUUUAAAAGGUCACUCCAAAUACACCCUUAAAGUCUAAUUUUUUAUAUUAAAUUUAUAGUAUUAAUAUUAGCCGUCUGAUUAACUUUAAAGUAAAAUUUAAAGAGAUCUUAAUCGUGAUUAGCAAAAGUCAUUUUAUUUAUUUUUUGAAAUUUGAAUUGUAUUGUACUUUAUUAUAUAAAUGGUUGAAUGGCACCGCAAGCGCAACAUGAUUAGUUGUUGGUAUUGCUUAUUCCUUCUAUUUUGAACAUACCAAUUAGGGUAAAUAUCAUUCACACUCCCUGACAUUUGGUUUUAUUAUAUGGACACCCUCUCACAUUUUAAAAAUGACACUGAGAUCCCAAUAGGUGAAUGACGUUAAUAAUAUAAUUAAAAAGACUGUUUUCCCCUUGAUUAAUUGAUCAAACUCAUGACCAGAUCCAAACCCAUCGCCCCAUGCCCAAGACAAUAUUCCGUGACACGACCCGUGGCCCAUAACCUAAAACCCUUGAUGCCCGAAGCCCUAACAACUAGGCACCACCCAUUUUCCCUUUUUCCCAACACCACCCCCAACCUCCAUCGUUCACAAUCACCGCUCUCUCUCACUGUAUGUAGUCUCCCACACCUCCAACCUCCACUCAAUCUCGCUUUGCCUCCCACACACCGUCGCUUUAGGAGGAGGCACCACCACCACCGAACCAACCCUCCAUGACUCACGAUAGAACUCUCCCAACACUUGAAAAGUAGAUUUGAAGCAUAGAUGUUAUAUCGAAGUAUAGAUAUAAAAAAAUUUGAUCAAUUUGAAGCACAAAUCGCAGAUCGCUAACGAAGCUUGCUCAAACAGAUCGCAUAUCGCGUAUGUGUUUCUUAUGUAUGAGAGAGAGAGGGAGGGGGGAGAAAUGUCGUGCAGUGUGCAAAUGUGGUUGUUGGUGGUGCAUUUGUGUGGUGGCAAUGGUGAGCAGAGGUGGUUGAUUAUGGGUUUGAUCUAGAUGGUUUGGUGUGGUUUGAAGAUGGGUUGGGUCCAGGUGGUGGUUUUAGUGGUGGUGGAGACGGAGGUGGUUUUUAGUGGGUUCUCUCUCUCUCUCUCUCUCUCUCUCUCUCUCUCUCUCUCUCUAUGCUAUCCCUUGUUGUGAAUGGGUUUAGGCGGUGGUGGAACAGGUGGUGAUGGGUGGCUGCCGGCGGGAGGAAGAAUAUAUGUAAUUAGAUAAAUAAUAAAUAUAAAUAAAAUUAAUAUGGGAUAAUAAUUGAAUAGGUAGUUAUUAAGAUUUUAACUUAUUAAUUUGAUAGAUUUGAAAGUUAAACAUUUAAGGGUUAAAAUUUUAAUUUAUAUAUGAAAUAAAUAAGGGGUAAAUUUGUAGGGUAAACAAAAUAUAUAUUUAAUUUCUUAAAUUUAAUUUUGGAGGGCAUUUUUGGUAUUCUAAGAAUUGUUAUUGAUGACAUCAGUUUUGACUGUUAAUAAUUCUAACAUCUAUUAGUGGGAGGAGGUGUGGCUGCUACAAGUUAUAAAUGUUAAGGGAGGUCGGUGUCAUUCUUAAAAUGUGAGGGGGUGUAAGUGAUAUUUACCCUAUCAAUUAAUUAAAUUUUCCCUUUAUUUACAGCUCUACAUGUGAAAGAAAUGCAUUCAUCAGGUAUCGAAACUUCCACAAAGAAUACAAUAACAUGCUUGAAGAAGGCAAGAAUCGAAUUGUAGUUAAAAUGUGUGGAAUUACAUCAGCUAGAGAUGCUGCUCUGGCAGCAGAAGCGGGUGCUAAUUUGAUUGGGAUGAUUCUUUGGCCUCACUCAAAACGAUCUGUUUCAUUUGCUGUGGCAAAAGAGAUUUCCAGAGUUGCUCGGGAAUAUGGUGCAGAACCUGUUGGGGUAUUCGUGGAUGAUGAUGUCGACACAAUAUUGAGAGCUUCUGAGGCUGCAGACCUUGAACUUGUGCAGGUAAGUUUCGGUCUAACGGUAAUUACAUUCCACUAA